GGUUGAUGACGUGGCUGGUGUUGAUUGGCGAGAGUGAAGCGCACUGGCAGCAUGGCUUCUGUGGUGCUGAGCGAAGCUGAGAAGGUUUACGUUUUACAUGGUGUUCAGGAUGACCUACGUACAGAUGGCCGAGGGUGUGAAGACUACCGAUGCAUUGAGGUGGAAAGUGAUGUUGUGUCAAACACCACUGGAUCUGCAAGAGUGAAGAUUGGUCACACAGAUGUUCUUGUCGGAGUUAAAGCAGAAAUGGGGACACCAAAGCUGGAACGACCUGGAGAAGGUUACUUGGAAUUCUUUGUUGACUGUUCUGCUAAUGCCGCUCCUGAGUUUGAAGGACGAGGAGGAGAGGAGCUGGGCACAGAGAUUGCAUUCAUGCUGUACAAAAUAUUUGAUAAUCGAAGCAGCAUUGAUCUUGAAUCACUUUGCAUCCAAGCCCGUGAGCAUUGCUGGGUCCUCUAUGUCGAUGUUUUGCUCUUGGAGUGUGGUGGAAACCUUUUUGACACAAUCUCAGUUGCAGUAAAGGCAGCUCUGUUUAAUGCAAGAAUACCUAAAGUUCGAGUGUUGGAAGAUGAGGAAGGUGGAAAGGACUUUGAGCUGUCAGAUGAUCCCUAUGAUUGUGUGCGACUGAAUGUUGUUAAUGUCCCGUGCAUUGUCACUCUAAGUAGGAUAGGCCAUCGACAUGUUGUAGAUGCCACAUUACAAGAAGAAGCCUGUUCUGUGGCCAGUCUCCUCAUUUCAGUGACCAGCAAAGGUAUCUUGACUUGCAUGAGAAAAAUAGGCAAAGGCAGCCUUGAUCCUGAGAGCAUCUUUGAGAUGAUAGAGACAGGGAAACAUGUUGCUAAAUCAUUGCACACAUCGCUACAAAGUGCAUUAAACCAAGAAGAAAGCUUAGGAAACAAGCGCCAAAAGAUCGGAUUUCUGCGAUAAGUUUAAUUGAAGCUCUCCGAUGCAAUAAAGAGUUCUUUUAUACAUUUGUCUGUACAUUAUUAUGCUGCUUAUUAUAAGUAGUAAUAAGGAGGUGAAGCUCUUAUUUGCGCAUUUGGGCUGCAUUUGAGAGGUAAAUUUGGGUACAUGCAAGAGCUAACGGAUUCCAGUUUAUUCUGCCUGAUUGUAUCUGCAAUGCUUCAGACCUGAAUAUUACUGCAGUUGUGUUCCAUUGAAAAUGUUUUUGACACGCACAUAUUAUAUAUUAGACUUGAAAAAUGCACAGGGAAAUAAAAAAACACAUAUAAAUGCA